AUGUUGCGGUUAUCAAAUCUGUGGCAAGAAUCGGCCGCGACCCGACCAGUAGAAGAAGGAGUAACAACUGAUGUUGCGUUGCUAUCAAAUUUGUGGCAAGUAUCGGCUGCAACCCGGCCAGGAGAAGAAGGAGUAACAACUGAUGUUGCGUUGUUAUCAAAUUUGUGGCAAGUAUCGGCCGCGACCCGACCAGUAGAAGAAGGAGUAACAACUGAUGUUGCGUUGCUAUCAAAUUUGUGGCAAGUAUCGGCCGCGACCCGGCCAGGAGAAGAAGAAAGAGAAGUUGAGUCGAGCUCAAGAAAAGGGAGAGAUAAGAUCGGAGCAGAUACAGAGACAGGCUCCGAAAUCGAGGAUGCAACGUGA